CAGAGGUGCGUGCUAGAGCAGGAGGGGCAGGACGCACAGGGAGAGAAACGGGGAACUUGGAGAUCUGAAGAGGCUGUGGUGAAUCUGAAUCGCUCAGCCAGUGAACAACCGCGUCUCCUCGAUCCUCCAUUGCUAGGAAAGGAAGGUUUAACUCUCGGUAUACUUGUGUUUCAUCUCACCUGUGACAAUGACCAGUGGCCCGUUGGGCACGGCGUUGGCGGUGGCUUUGCUCGCCUGCACUGUACAGUGUAUGCCGAAAGCAACGGGGAAACAUAGGAGACAAGUUCUGGAACACUCGGUGUCAUCCGUAUCCCAAGAUGGCUGUGUUGAGAGUGGUAAGCAUUAUGGAGUUGGAGAGCAGUGGGAGCGCAGUUAUCUGGGCAACACACUGCUAUGCACUUGUCAUGGAGUUUCUGGUAUAAAGUGUAAAUCAAAGCCUGAUGCUGAGGAAACCUGUUAUGAUAAAAUAAACGCUCGCUCCUAUCGGGUUGGAGAGACUUAUGAGAGGCCCAAGGAUGGGAUGAUCUGGGACUGCACUUGCAUUGGCUCCAGCCGAGGGAAAAUCAGCUGCACUAUUGGGAACCGCUGUCAUGAGGGAGGGCACUCCUACAAGAUUGGAGACACAUGGAAGAGACCACACGACACUGGAGACUACAUGCUAGAGUGCGUGUGUUUGGGAAAUGGAAAAGGAGAGUGGACCUGCAAACCUGUUUCGGAACGCUGUUUUGACGAUGCUGCUGGCACAUCCUACAUGGUUGGUGAGACCUGGGAGAAACCCUACCAAGGCUGGAUGAUGGUGGACUGCACCUGUUUAGGAGAAGGAAAUGGACGUAUUACAUGCACAUCCAGAAAUCGCUGUAAUGACCAGGACAAACGCACUUCUUACCGGAUCGGAGACACGUGGAGCAAGACGGAUUCUCUCGGACAUGUGGUACAGUGUUUGUGUACUGGAAAUGGACGUGGAGAGUGGAAAUGCGAGAGACAUGCAUCACUGCACACCACUGGUCUGGGUACUGGGUCUCGUGUGGUGACUAAUAUCCAGCCUGCAGUGCAUCAGCCACAGGCGGUGCCUGAACACCCCACGCAGGGAUCCUGUCUGACAGACACAGGUGUUUCCUAUGGCCUGGGCAUGCGCUGGAUCAAGACCCAGGGCAGCAAACAGAUGUUGUGUACCUGCUUGGGCAACGGUGUCAGCUGUGAUGAAUCAGAGAGCCAGUCCCAGGUCUAUGGUGGGAGCUCAGGUGGCCUGCCGUGUGUGUUCCCUUUCGUGUUCAUGGGGAAAACAUUCUACUCCUGUACGUCUGAGGGGCGCAGUGAUGGGCAGCUCUGGUGCAGCACCUCAGCCGACUUUGAGAAAGACUACAAGUACUCCUUCUGUACCAGCAACAAUGUUAUGGUCACAACAAGAGGGGGAAACUCCAAUGGUGCACUCUGUCACUUCCCGUUCCUUUACAAUGGCCGUAACUACACUGACUGCACCGCUGAAGGCAGGAGAGAUGGCAUGAAAUGGUGUGGCACAACUUAUAACUUUGACCGAGAGCAGCGGUUUGGCUUCUGUCCCAUGGCAGCCCAUGAAGAGGUGUGUACCAUUGGUGAGGGUGUGAUGUAUCGUGUGGGUGAUCAAUGGGACAGACGCCAUGAUGUUCUGGGUCACAUGAUGCGCUGUACUUGUAUGGGCAAUGGCCGUGGAGAAUGGAGCUGCAUGGCCUACUCGCAACUCAAAGACCAGUGCACUGUGGAUAAUUUGACCUACGAAGUAAAUCAGACUUUUACUAAACUGCACAACGAAGGCUACAUGAUGAACUGCACCUGUUUCGGUGAAGGCCGUGGACGCUGGAAGUGUGACGCUAUCGAUCAGUGCCAGGAGCCAGAAACUAGAGUGUACUAUCAGAUUGGAGAUUCCUGGGACAAACUCAUUCAGGGAAUCCACUACAGAUGUUACUGCUAUGGAAAUGGCCUCGGAGAGAUGAGCUGCGAGCCUCAGCAGACUUUCCAUGGUGGUAAUCGUCCAGUGCAGGUGAUCAUAUCAGAGUCUGGCAACCAGCCCAACUCUCAUCCCAUCCAAUGGAACGCGCCGGCUUCUGAACACAUCACACAGUACAUACUCAAAUGGAGACCGAAAAACACCCAUAUCCGAUGGAUGGAGGUAACUAUUCCAGGCCAUCUGAACUCUUACACUAUUGCUGGACUAAAGCCAGGAGUCACCUACGAGGGUCAACUCAUCAGCAUCCUGCGUUUUGGACGUAGAGAAACCACUCGCUUUGAUUUCUCCACCGUGCAUGGCUCAUUGACACCCUCUGAGGGAGAGACCACCCCGCCUCCUCCGAUGGUGGACACCUCUGAGUCUGUGACGGAGAUCACUUCCAGCAGUUUUGUCAUCUCUUGGGUGUCUGCGUCCGACACUGUGUCUGGAUUCAGGGUGGAAUAUGAGCUGAAUGAGGAGGGAGGGCAGACCGGACAGCCCAUGAUCUUGGACCUUCCUCAUUCGGCUACGUCCGUGAACAUCAGUGAACUUCUCCCAGGAAGGAAGUACACUGUAAAUGUGUAUGAAGUGACAGGAGGAGGAAAACCUAACCUGAUCCUAACUACUUCCCAGACCACAGCUCCAGAUGCUCCUUCUGAACAUGAAGUGAAGGAUGUGGGGGAGUCUUCCAUCAUCAUCAGCUGGUCUAAACCUGUGGCUCCCAUCACCGCUUACCGUGUGGUUUACACGCCAUCUGAAGAGGGUAGCUCUGGUAGCACUGAGUUGAACCUGCCUAACACCGCCACCUCAGUGACCCUGGGCGACCUUCGCCCCGGUCUGCCCUAUAACAUCAGCAUCUACUCAGUGGAAGAGAAUAUGGAGAGUGAACCUAUUUUUAUUCAGGUCACAACUGCUGGAGAACCACUGGCAGAGGAAGUUCCGUCUCCAACCGAUCUGCAGUUCUUUGAAGUGUCUGACUCUAAAAUCAUAAUCACUUGGACCGGACCAUCCACAGUGGUGUCAGGGUACCGUGUGUCUGUGGGCGAGGUGGGUCCAGACGGCUUGGUUGAGAGAGUACUACCAUUCCCUGUGACACCGAACGCCUACGCUGAGAUCACAAACCUCCAGCCUGGAACCCUUUACCGCUUCUUCAUCUAUGCUCUCAAAUCAGGGGAAGAGAGCAAGCCGCUGGUUGGAGAGCAAGCUACAAAACCUGACCCACCCACCGAUAUUGAUUUCACUCACGUUACUGAAGACAGUGCUGUAAUCAUCUGGUCAGCUCCUAGGGCUCAAGUCACAGGUUACAGACUUUUCCUGACUGUCCAGGGCUCAAACCCUAAACAGCUGCGUAUUCCUGGCCGUAUGUCACAGUACACACUCAUCAACCUGCAGCCUGACACCGAGUACACUGCCACUCUGCAUGCGGAAAAAGGCAAUGUGCUCAGUGAGGGGUCCAUCGCCUCCUUCACCACACUUCAGCCAAUCAGAAAUGCUCCUCACUUCAGCACUGAUGUCACAGACACCUCCAUCAUUGUCUCCUGGACCCCUGUGCCUAAAAUUGGAUACAAGUUGACCGUGAGGCCCAGUCAAGGUGGAGAAGCUCCAAGAGACACGAUCUCAGAGUCUGGUAGUGUCCACAUCUCAGGUCUAACUCCUGGAGUUGAGUACACCUACAGCGUCCAGCCGGUCAUCAACGGUCAUGAGCAAGGCAACCCCAUCAUUCGACGCGUGGUCACUCCUCUUUCUCCACCCACGGAUCUGAACUUGCAGUCCAACCCGAACACUGGAGAGCUGAUGGUACAAUGGAGCGAUGCUAAAAUCCCAGACAUCACGGGUCACAGGGUGACCUGCACUCCCACCAAAGGGCAACAAGGGAACUCUAUAGAGGAGUUUGUGAAGGCAGGACAGAACUCAUGCACGUUAGAGAAUCUGAGUCCAGGAGUGGAGUACAAUGUCAGCGUGUUUACUGUGAAGGAUGAAAUCGAGAGUGUUCCUGUCUCCACCACUUUGAGUCCGGAGCCCGACCCACCCACCGAUAUUGAUUUCACUAACGUUACUGAAGACAGUGCUGUAAUCAUCUGGUCAGCUCCUAGGGCUCAAGUCACAGGUUACAGACUUUUCCUGACUGUCCAGGGCUCAAACCCUAAACAGCUGCGUAUUCCUGGCCGUACGUCACAGUACACACUCAUCGACUUGCAGCCUGACACCGAGUACACUGUCACUCUGCAUGCGGAAAAAGGCAAUGUGCUCAGUGAGGGGUCCAUCGCCUCCUUCACCACACUUCAGCCGAUGGGAAUUGCUCCUCACUUCAGCACUGAUGUCACAGACACCUCCAUCAUUGUCUCCUGGACCCCUGUGCCUAAAAUUGGAUACAAGUUGACCGUGAGGCCCAGUCAAGGUGGAGAAGCUCCAAGGGACACGAUCUCAGAGUCUGGUAGUGUCCACAUCUCAGGUCUAACUCCUGGAGUUGAGUACACCUACAGCGUCCAGCCGGUCAUCAAUGGUCAUGAGCAAGGCAACCCCAUCAUUCGACACGUAGUCACUCAGCCCGACCCACCCACCGAUAUUGAUUUCACUAACGUUACUGAAGACAGUGCUGUAAUCAUCUGGUCAGCUCCUAGGGCUCAAGUCACAGGUUACAGACUUUUCCUGACUGUCCAGGGCUCAAACCCUAAACAGCUGCGUAUUCCUGGCCGUACGUCACAGUACACACUCAUCGACUUGCAGCCUGACACCGAGUACACUGUCACUCUGCAUGCGGAAAAAGGCAAUGUGCUCAGUGAGGGGUCCAUCGCCUCCUUCACCACACUUCAGCCGAUAGGAAUUGCUCCUGACUUCAGCACUGAUGUCACAGACACCUCCAUCAUUGUCUCCUGGACCCCUGUGCCUAAAAUUGGAUACAAGUUGACCGUGAGGCCCAGUCAAGGUGGAGAAGCUCCAAGGGACACGAUCUCAGAGUCUGGUAGUGUCCACAUCUCAGGUCUAACUCCUGGAGUUGAGUACACCUACAGCGUCCAGCCGGUCAUCAACGGUCAUGAGCAAGGCAGCCCCAUCAUUCGACGCGUGGUCACUCUUCAGCCAAUGGGAAUUGCUCCUGACUUCAGCACUGAUGUCACAGACACCUCCAUCAUUGUCUCCUGGACCCCUGUGCCUAAAAUUGGAUACAAGUUGACCGUGAGGCCCAGUCAAGGUGGAGAAGCUCCAAGGGACACGAUCUCAGAGUCUGGUAGUGUCCACAUCUCAGGUCUAACUCCUGGAGUUGAGUACACCUACAGCGUCCAGCCGGUCAUCAACGGUCAUGAGCAAGGCAACCCCAUCAUUCGACGUGUGGUCACUCAGCCCGACCCACCCACCGAUAUUGAUUUCACUAACGUUACUGAAGACAGUGCUGUAAUCAUCUGGUCAGCUCCUAGGGCUCAAGUCACAGGUUACAGACUUUUCCUGACUGUCCAGGGCUCAAACCCUAAACAGCUGCAUAUUCCUGGCCGUACGUCACAGUACACACUCAUCGACUUGCAGCCUGACACCGAGUACACUGUCACUCUGCAUGCGGAAAAAGGCAAUGUGCUCAGUGAGGGGUCCAUCGCCUCCUUCACCACAUUUCCGCAGAUGGGAAUUGCUCCUCACUUCAGCACUGAUGUCACAGACACCGACAUCAUUGUCUCCUGGACCCCUGUGCCUAAAAUUGGAUUCAAGUUGACCGUGAGGCCCAGUCAAGGUGGAGAAGCUCCAAGGGACACGAUCUCAGAGUCUGGUAGUGUCCACAUCUCAGGUCUAACUCCUGGAGUUGAGUACACCUACAGCGUCCAGCCGGUCAUCAACGGUCAUGAGCAAGGCAACCCCAUCAUUCGGCGCGUGGUCACUCAGCCCGACCCACCCGCCGAUAUUGAUUUCACUAACGUUACUGAAGACAGUGCUGUAAUCAUCUGGUCAACUCCUAGGGCUCAAGUCACAGGUUACAGACUUUUCCUGACUGUCGAGGGCUCAAACCCUAAACAGCUGCGUAUUCCUGGCCGUAUGUCACAGUACACACUCAUCAACUUGCAGCCUGACACCGAGUACACUGCCACUCUGCAUGCGGAAAAAGGCAAUGUGCUCAGUGUGGGGCUAAUCGCCUCCUUCACCACACUUCAGCAGAUGGGAAUUGCUCCUCACUUCAGCACUGAUGUCACAGACACCUCCAUCAUUGUUUCCUGGACCCCUGUGCCUAAAAUUGGAUACAAGUUGACCGUGAGGCCCAGUCAAGGUGGAGAAGCUCCAAGGGACACGAUCUCAGAGUCUGGUAGUGUCCACAUCUCAGGUCUAACUCCUGGAGUUGAGUACACCUACAGCGUCCAGCCGGUCAUCAACGGUCAUGAGCAAGGCAGCCCCAUCAUUCGACGUGUGGUCACUCUUCAGCCAAUGGGAAAUGCUCCUGACUUCAGCACUGAUGUCACAGACACCUCCAUCAUUGUCUCCUGGACCCCUGUGCCUAAAAUUGGAUACAAGUUGACCGUGAGGCCCAGUCAAGGUGGAGAAGCUCCAAGGGACACGAUCUCAGAGUCUGGUAGUGUCCACAUCUCAGGUCUAACUCCUGGAGUUGAGUACACCUACAGCGUCCAGCCGGUCAUCAACGGUCAUGAGGAUGGCAACCCCAUCAUUCGACGUGUGGUCACUCAGCCCGACCCACCCACCGAUAUUGAUUUCACUAACGUUACUGAAGACAGUGCUGUAAUCAUCUGGUCAGCUCCUAGGGCUCAAGUCACAGGUUACAGACUUUUCCUGACUGUCCAGGGCUCAAACCCUAAACAGCUGCGUAUUCCUGGCCGUACGUCACAGUACACACUCAUCAACCUGCAGCCUGACACCGAGUACACUGUUACUCUGCAUGCGGAAAAAGGCAAUGUGCUCAGUGAGGGGUCCAUCGCCUCCUUCACCACACUUCAGCCGAUGGGAAAAGCUCCUGACUUCAGCACUGAUGUCACAGACACCUCCAUCAUUGUCUCCUGGACCCCUGUGCCUAAAAUUGGAUACAAGUUGACCGUGAGGCCCAGUCAAGGUGGAGAAGCUCCAAGGGACACGAUCUCAGAGUCUGGUAGUGUCCACAUCUCAGGUCUAACUCCUGGAGUUGAGUACACCUACAGCGUCCAGCCGGUCAUCAACGGUCAUGAGGAUGGCAACCCCAUCAUUCGGCGCGUGGUCACUCAGCCCGACCCACCCACCGAUAUUGAUUUCACUAACGUUACUGAAGACAGUGCUGUAAUCAUCUGGUCAACUCCUAGGGCUCAAGUCACAGGUUACAGACUUUUCCUGACUGUCCAGGGCUCAAACCCUGAACAGCUGCGUAUUCCUGGCCGUAUGUCACAGUACACACUCAUCAACUUGCAGCCUGACACCGAGUACACUGCCACUCUGCAUGCGGAAAAAGGCAAUGUGCUCAGUGAGGGGUCCAUCGCCUCCUUCACCACACUUCAGCCAAUGGGAAAUGCUCCUCACUUCAGCACUGAUGUCACAGACACCUCCAUCAUUGUCUCCUGGACCCCUGUGCCUAAAAUUGGAUACAAGUUGACCGUGAGGCCCAGUCAAGGUGGAGAAGCUCCAAGGGACACGAUCUCAGAGUCUGGUAGUGUCCACAUCUCAGGUCUAACUCCUGGAGUUGAGUACACCUACAGCGUCCAGCCGGUCAUCAACGGUCAUGAGCAUGGCAACCCCAUCAUUCGACGCGUGGUCACUCUUCAGCCAAUGGGAAAUGCUCCUGACUUCAGCACUGAUGUCACAGACACCUCCAUCAUUGUCUCCUGGACCCCUGUGCCUAAAAUUGGAUACAAGUUGACCGUGAGGCCCAGUCAAGGUGGAGAAGCUCCAAGGGACACGAUCUCAGAGUCUGGUAGUGUCCACAUCUCAGGUCUAACUCCUGGAGUUGAGUACACCUACAGCGUCCAGCCGGUCAUCAACGGUCAUGAGCAUGGCAACCCCAUCAUUCGACGUGUGGUCACUCAGCCCGACCCACCCACCGAUAUUGAUUUCACUAACGUUACUGAAGACAGUGCUGUAAUCAUCUGGUCAGCUCCUAGGGCUCAAGUCACAGGUUACAGACUUUUCCUGACUGUCCAGGGCUCAAACCCUAAACAGCUGCGUAUUCCUGGCCGUACGUCACAGUACACACUCAUCAACCUGCAGCCUGACACCGAGUACACUGUCACUCUGCAUGCGGAAAAAGGCAAUGUGCUCAGUGAGGGGUCCAUCGCCUCCUUCACCACACUUCAGCCAAUGGGAAUUGCUCCUGACUUCAGCACUGAUGUCACAGACACCGCCAUCAUUGUCUCCUGGACCCCUGUGCCUAAAAUUGGAUACAAGUUGACCGUGAGGCCCAGUCAAGGUGGAGAAGCUCCAAGGGACACGAUCUCAGAGUCUGGUAGUGUCCACAUCUCAGGUCUAACUCCUGGAGUUGAGUACACCUACAGCGUCCAGCCGGUCAUCAACGGUCAUGAGCAAGGCAACCCCAUCAUUCGACACGUGGUCACUCAGCCCGACCCACCCACCGAUAUUGAUUUCACUCACGUUACUGAAGACAGUGCUGUAAUCAUCUGGUCAGCUCCUAGGGCUCAAGUCACAGGUUACAGACUUUUCCUGACUGUCCAGGGCUCAAACCCUAAACAGCUGCGUAUUCCUGGCCGUAUGUCACAGUACACACUCAUCAACCUGCAGCCUGACACCGAGUACACUGUCACUCUGCAUGCGGAAAAAGGCAAUGUGCUCAGUGAGGGGUCCAUCGCCUCCUUCACCACACUUCAGCCGCUGGGAAUUGCUCCUCACUUCAGCACUGAUGUCAAAGACACCUCCAUCAUUGUCUCCUGGACCCCUGUGCCUAAAAUUGGAUACAAGUUGACCGUGAGGCCCAGUCAAGGUGGAGAAGCUCCAAGGGACACGAUCUCAGAGUCUGGUAGUGUCCACAUCUCAGGUCUAACUCCUGGAGUUGAGUACACCUACAGCGUCCAGCCGGUCAUCAACGGUCAUGAGCAUGGCAACCCCAUUAUUCGACGCGUGGUCACUCCUCUUUCUCCACCCACGGAUCUAAACUUGCAGUCCAACCCGAACACUGGAGAGCUGAUGGUUCAAUGGAACGAUGCUAAAAUCCCAGACAUCACGGGUCACAGGGUGACCUGCACUCCCACCAAAGGGCAACAAGGGAACUCUAUAGAGGAGUUUGUGAAGGCAGGACAGAACUCGUGCACGUUAGAGAAUCUGAGUCCAGGAGUGGAGUACAAUGUCAGCGUGUUUACUGUGAAGGAUGACAUGGAGAGUGUUCCUGUCUCCACCACUUUGACUCCGGAUGUGCCCAAAAUAACUGACCUUAGCUUCAUCAACAUCACUGACUCCACUAUCGGCCUCAGCUGGAGUCCUCUUAACCACACCGCCGUUACCGGCUACCGCAUCACUGUCUUGGCUGCUGGGGACAGUGUCCCAAUCUUUGUUGAAUUUGUGGAGCCCACAUCAGGCGUUUAUACUGUGCAUGGUCUGGAGCCCGGUAUUGAUUAUGACAUUACCGUCACCACAGUCACAGAAAAUGGAGAGAGCGAACCCAUCACCAUCACCCAGCAAACAGCUGUCCCAGCUCCAUCUGGCCUGUCAUUCGGAGAAGUGACUGCAGACACUAUGCUGGUGACCUGGAAAGCCCCUCAUGUGCCCAAAUCCUCUGAUAUCAAGCGCUACAUCAUCCACUAUCAUCCGAUCGAUGACGAUGAUGACACCAUUGAGCGCACUGUAGAUGGAAAGACAAACUACAUUGUUCUUCGCCAUCUUGUGCCCAACACUGAGUACAUGGUGAGAGUGAUUUGUGUCUAUGAAGAGAGAGAGAGCUCACCUGCCGUUGGCACUCAGAGAACAGUCCUCGAUGCACCUGUCGGCCUGCAGUUCUCAGAUGUUGGCACCAACUCCUUCACCGUACGCUGGCAGGCUCCUCAGGCCGUUAUCUCAGGAUACCGUAUCCGCUACCAAAAGACCAGUGGGGGGCGUGCUAAAGAUGAGAGACUGCCCCCAUCGAGGAGCCAUUUCACCCUCACAGGUCUGACCCAGGAGACUGAAUACAGGAUCAGCGUUUACGCCGUCAGCGGAUCCCGCGAGAGUCUGCCUGUAACUGGAACUCAGUCUACCAUCUCUGAUGCCCCCACUGACUUGGAAGUCAUCUCCUCAACGCCAACCAGCAUCACUGUUCGCUGGGACGCCCCCUCUGUCACUGUGAGGUACUACAGGAUCACACACGGAGAGUCAGGAAGUAUUGAUGCUCCUCAGGAAUUUACUGUUCCUGGCUCUCAGUCUACUGCCACUAUUGAUGGCCUCCGUCCAGGCACUGAUUACACCAUCACUGUAUACGCUGUGACCGGCAGAGGGGACAGCCCUGCGUCCAGCACCCCCAUCCACGUUAUACACAGAACAGAUAUCGAGUCUCCAUCAGGGAUGCAGGUGACUGAUGUGAAGGACAACACUAUUACCGUACGCUGGAGCCCAGCAGUGGGUCCUAUCUCAGGAUAUCGUGUCACAGGAAAACCACUAAAUGGACAGGGACCUACUUUCUCCGAAGUGGUUGCUCCAGACCAGACUGAAAUGACAUUCUCUGGCCUGAUGCCGACAGCGGAGUACACUGUCAGUGUGUAUGCUUUGGGACAGGACGGAGAGAGCCCCCCUCUGGUCGAAAAUGUAGUCACAACGGUGGACAAACCCAAAGACCUAUCCUUCACUGAUGUGGACUCAACCUCCAUGCGCAUCUCCUGGGAGAGUCCCGAUGGGGUGGUCUCCUCUUACAGAGUGCUGUACUACAGUCCAGAGGAGGGUGAGAGAGAGCUGUUCCCUGCCCCACGUGGAGAGGACGAGUCUGCAGUGCUUCACGGCCUCAGACCCGGCACAGAAUACACUGUUAAAGUCAUUGCACUGCAUGACCGGACCCCCAGCACUCCACUGGUGGGCACUCAAACAACAGCUAUUCCUGGACCCACAAGUCUGCACUUCUCCCAGGUGGGUCCAACAUCCUUCACCGUCUCCUGGUCGUCUUCUGACGUCAGGCUGACAGGUUACCGUGUGGCCAUCACCCCCAAGAGCAAAAAUGGACCCACUAAAGAGGACAACAUCUCCCCGGACUCGAAGGAGUUCCACGCCACAGGACUCAUGCCUGGCACUAAUUAUGAAGUGGAGGUUUACGGAGUGAAGAACUCCCUCACUAGCCGUCGUGUCAAAGGAGAAAUCUCAACACCUGACAACAUCAGUCCACCUCGACGUGUCCGUAUAUCCAAUGUGAAGGACUCCUCCAUCACUCUGACCUGGCGCUCUAAGACCGAGGCCAUCUCUGGCUUCCUGGUAGAGGCCACACCCACCAUACGGGGUCAUAACCCUAUCCAGAGAACCAUUGAGCCGGAUUCACGCACCUACACCAUUACUGGUCUGGAACCAGGAACCCUUUAUAAAAUCAAUCUCUAUACUCUGAAUGGAAGCUCACGUAGUGAGCCUUUCACCCUUACAGCUGCUACAGCGAAACCAGUUAUCAGCCCACCUACAAACCUCCAUUUCACCUCUCUGACUCCUUCUUCGAUCUCCUUCACCUGGGAGCGUUCACGAAGCACUGUCACUGGAUACUAUGUGACUUAUGAAGAGGCUGGAGACAUCCCUAAAGAGCUGACCCCUCGACCUCAGGCUGGCAGGACCUUCGCUUCCAUCUCUGGAUUGAAACCGGGCACUGAGUACGUUAUCAAGAUUGUGGCAUUAAAUAAUGCUCAGAGAAGCAUUCCACUGAUCGGAAAGGCAAAAACUCAACUGGAAAUUCACCAGCUGACCUCCCAGUUUCCUGAACCCAGCCGACCCCGACAAGACAUCCUGGAUGUGCCAGAAGACAACCACGUGCAUAUGGUGGGGCCAAACAGACUCGACACACUGGGGCAGCAAGGCAAACACAUCUACACUGAGUAUCAGAGCUACAACCUGGGCAAUAAAGCCCAGCAGCUUCAUCCCCCAAGCCACCGCGAGCCCCUGGUCUACAUCCCUCUGCCGGGAGCAGAUGGCCAGAGAGUGCCAGUGGUGCAGGUGAGCGGCGGGCCUGAACCUGGCUUCCCCUUCGCUGGCCUUUACAAUGAGACAAACCUGCCCCAGGAGGCUCAGACCCAGACCACAAUCAUGUGGCAGCCUGUGCCGCACACCUCAGAGUACGUGGUGUCAUGCAACCCCAUUACAGAGAUCAGUGAGAAGAUUUUACAGAUGCGUCUGCCUGGUACGUCCACUAGCGCUACACUGAUCGGUCUCACCUCUGGUGCCUCCUAUAAUGUUCUUGUGGAGUCUGUCAGCGGAGACCAAAAACAGAAAGUCCUGGAAGAUGUUGUGACUGUCGGAAACAGUGUUCCAGGGGCUGGAGUGGUUCCCACAGGCAGGGAUGUGUGCUACGACACGUUCACCGCCACCUACCAUGAGGUGGACGAGGAGUGGGAGCGCAUGUCCGAGACAGGCUUUAAACUCUGGUGCAAGUGCCUUGGUCUCGGCAGUGGUCAUUUCAGAUGUGAUUCAUCCAAAUGGUGUCAUGAUAAUGGCCACAACUACCGAAUUGGUGAGAAGUGGGACCGUCGGGCUGAGAACGGUCACAUGAUGAGCUGCACCUGUCUGGGCAGCGGGAAAGGAGAGUUCAAGUGUGAACCCCAUGAAUCCACCUGUUAUGAUGAGGGGAAGCUCUACCAGGUGGGAAACCAGUGGCAGAAGGAGUAUCUCGGAGCAAUUUGCACAUGUACCUGCUAUGGAGGACAACAGGGCUGGCGCUGCGAGAACUGUCGUCGUCCUGGGGUUGAAGUUGAUGCAGACCUCGUUCAGCCUCCAGUGCGCUCUGAUGCUUACGACCGCUACAGAGAGAACGCCCUUCGCAAACUGAACAUUCAAUGUCCAAUCGAGUGCCUGAGACCAGACCUCUUAGCAGAUGCUCAGAGCCCUCUAGAAUAAAUGUCUAUCAAUUUUGCCCAGUAAUGGAGAGGACAUGGCCUCCAGAGACUGUAUCUAGCUCCCUCAGUGCCUCUCUGUCCUUAUCUUCACUCACACUGCAAACUCUGUCCUGCUGCUUCCACCUGUGAUGUCACGCCCAGAGACAAAACUUCUCACUCUUCUGAUUGGUCGAGUCAGCAGCCAGUCUCCCUCUGCACAGUGGAUGGAAGGACACCAUCUGUCUACACCGAGAUUCCACUGAUUUGAAGCUUGGCUGUCGACAUCAUUUCCACAUCCUCUGGAAGCUCAAAUCAGUGGAACAUCAGCAGAGAAUCAACACAUCUUGCCUUUGUGUUUUUCAGUAUUAUUGUCUAUUGUCUGGUCAUGUUUUUUUUAAAUGAUUUUGUGACAUUUUGUGUAUUUUUGCCAGUGAUCCAAACGUUUAUUGGUGUUCUUUUCUAAAACAAGCACUGUCUUACAAUGAAAACCUUUGUGCCUUGUAGGCAUCCUUUUUGAAUGAUGUAAUAUUCACCCCUCCCUAAUCUGAUUGGUUGGUUGAUCUGUGGCCUUUGUGUCCGUCAGGAGAUAAAGGAAAAGCACUGUGUUAAUGAAGAAGUGAACUUUUUCUUUUCUUUUAUUUAUCCCUUUUAUGUAUGUUUUGAUGGAAUGCAGAUUAUGGGUGUAUACUGUUUUUAUGUUUGUGUUUUAGGUGCCAAAGUCUUAACUACUGUGGACAAAAAUACUUUUUAAUAAAUUCUUUUUUUUACAAUG